AUGUCAAACGGAUUGAGUUCAGUAGGUGACGAAAACCAGAGAAUAAAAUAUGAACGUGAGGAAUCUACUGGUUUAGACAUUUCCAAUACAAUGUUCAAUGACAGAAAUGAAGCUACCGAAAUCAAAACGACAAUUGAAACUGUCGAAAACAAGCCACCAAGAUUUUUCUUUUUCAAUAGAAUCGAUAAUCGGAAAACAAGGGAGCACGAUAAUGAAAAUCAUAUUGGAAGAGAUUACACAUUUUUGGAAAACGUGUCAUCAACAAGAAAUCAUUCUGAACAAUCAUUGUCUCCAGCAAGAAGCAACUUAUCUAUAUCACCUAGUUCUUCACCAAGUCCGUUACACUCCACUCCACAAAGAAAGUCUCAUGAAAAAUCAGAUUCUGGAACAGCAUUUUCAAACUUGAGAAAACACAAGCCAAACAGAAAACCUCGAACCCCAUUUACAACUCACCAACUUCUGUCAUUGGAGAACAAAUUCGCUAAAAAGCAGUAUCUUUCUAUCGCUGAAAGAGCUGAGUUUUCUUCGUCGCUUCAACUAUCGGAAACACAGGUUAAAAUCUGGUUUCAAAAUCGAAGAGCAAAGUCAAAGCGCUUGCAAGAAGCAAAGAUCGAGCAAGCGAAGUUUGCAGCUGCGGCCUGUUCCGUCCUUGGCUCAACUUCCGGCCCUGGAAUACCGUUAAUGACAGCUAUGCCCGCUUACUCGGGAUAUUCGAAUAUAUACUGUGGGUUACCAUCGACAAUGUCACCGGUAACACACUCGGAAGUCCGAGGUGCUUAUUCAGAUACCAUAUCACGAGGAAAUACAGAAACUCUGUUGGCAAACUCAAUGCAUCAAAUAUAUACAUCAAAACGCUCAGACUUUGUGUAUCCGGCAUAUCCACCAUUCUACGCGGGUAACAUCACUGAUGCAAAUCGGCACGCAUCGAUGCCUCUACCAAUUUUACAGUAACUUUUCCAGCAAUUUAUUGAUACUUUUUGUUAAAUAAAAAUCUGUUUUCUGUUCAUAUCAUUUUAAUAAAAUAUUAUUUCGAAUUGA